AUGCUCCACGACAUCUUCCACGCCAUGGUCCCCCUUCCUCGCCCGGCACCCAUCGUCUGCCACCCUAAGGGCAGCUAUGCGGGCCUCGGCGCCAUCGAGAGAUACGGCAUCUACAACCACAAGCCCGCCGAGCGAUCCGGCCUCGUACGCUGCGUCGCCAUCAGACAGCAGAACCAGCUCCUCCAAGACCGGAAGGACCUGCUGAGGGAGAAGGCAGAGGACGAUCGGGCCCUCGUGCGCGAGUACGACUUCUGGUUCCGCGAGCUCGGGGACCAGUACCAGAGGAACAUGCGCAGCCUCCGCGUGGACAUCCGCAGCAAGAACAACGGGGACGUCCUGAGGGCCCGGAAGUUCAACAAGGGCUUCGUGCGACGGGUCAGGGCCCUCCAGAGGCAGCAGGCCCGCGACGCCAUCUGGCUGGCCAUGUGGUACGGGAGGAGAGCGAGCCGCCAACUGAACCUCCUGCGGAAGGAGUGGUUCGAGUGCGAGUGCUGCCGGGGUUAUCCUUUCUGGGGCGACGCGGAGGAGUUUGUAAGAGCCGAGCAGUAG